AUGUCAGGCGAGAAUGACUCAGAGGUCGUGGGCUACGACGUUGGCGAUGUCAUUGAGAUUACCGUCCUGGAACCAGUUGCGGGUCUUGCGAUUAUCCUUGAUAUAACGACAAGCAAGUAUAUCUGGAUCGAUGAGUCAGGCAAGGUCUUAGGCAGGCUCGGGAUCGAGGAGCCCUAUGAUAUCAAGACUUCAAUCGUCCACUUUAUCCGCAGCAUCCACAAACCGGAUAAUAUCAAUGUGUGUGUCCUCAACGAUAACAGAAACUGGACCCCGAUCGUCACUGCGCCUUCACCUCCCCCGAGUGUUGCGGACUACAAGAAGAAGUACUGGCAGUUUGAGGCGGCGGAAUCAAACUUCACGAACUUAAUUUUAGAUGAGGAGCGUGCCCCUCUCGUAGGGUCAUGA